AUGACAGUGGUACAAGCGCCUCACAAUAUGGACGCGCACAGGCCCACGGCGUCGCCUGCGACGCCCACCGGCACGCUCUUGGCCUUCCUCGCCCUCUACCUCACUACGCUCUUCUCCCUCGAUACGUGGGCCGCCGCACGAGGCUCCCCCUACCGCGCACCAGGCAUCGACAACUCGACGCAUCGUCCUCCCGUCACGGCACCGGCACGAGGCAGCUACCAGGGCGGCAUGCAUGGUCGCGGUCGUGCUGGACCCGGGCCUGGUAGUCAAGCGCGGGGCCGUGGACACGCCGGGAGCGUCGCGCAGACGGGCGACUCGAGACCGCCGAUUCAGAUGGGUGGCACAGCUGGGUGCGGCGCUUGUUUGACCUAG